GCGCAUGCGUAAAGCCCGGUGUCCGGUGUCAGGCUGUCAGCAGCUGUUGAGUCCAUGAACGGCAAGACCGAGACAGCAAAUUAAACACACCCAAAUAAAGCGUGCGGACCAGGUUCUGGACCGGCUCAGAGACGAACAGGUCGGGGCGGAUUCAGCAGGACCAGCUGGUGAUCUGCAGCUGGAGCUAACGGAGCUAACAGGCUAACUGACAGCGGACCGACAGCUGUUAUCUAACGGGCUAACGGACAGGCCAGCGGCUCGUGGUAACCACGCUGCACCGUGCGGAUCCACCUCGACCCGAUCUAAUUUUUGGACUUUCGGAACGUCCUGCAGCCGCAUUGUUUACGGAGUCCAGCGGCUGUUUUUUUGUGAAGCUCGACCGGGUCGAGGACGCUCGAGAGCCGUCAGAGCACGUCAGCCCGGACGGGAUAGACGCUCUCUGACCGGUUCGGACUGGGGACCGGGAGCCGAGAUGCUGAUAGCAGCAGUCGGUGCCGGAUCCGGAAACCCUGCCGGCACGGGCAAGAAACACCGCCGCAGAGGCAAGAAACACCGGAGAAUCCGAGCCGAAGAGAACCGGUCUGAUGACCUCUGUAACCUUCAGACUCUGGAUGCUGACAGCAGGGUACCCACAGCACUCCCACAGACCGCUCUGCCACCCCAUGAAGGCACUCCAGACACAACCACGCCGCAUGGAAACGCGUUAGCAUGUCCAGAAGAUCCCAGAAGCACUCCAGACACAACCACACUACACGAAAACAUGUCAGCAUCUCCAGAAGAUCCCAGAAGCACUCCAGAAGUAACCAUAUCGCACAAAAGCGCAUCAAAAUCUCCAGAAUAUCCCAGAAGCGCUUCAGACACAACCGCACUACACGAAAACAUGUCAACAUCUCCAGAUGAUCCUAGAAGCACUCCAGAAGUAACCACGCCACAUGAAAACACCUCAGCAUGUUCAGAAGAUCCCUAUGAAACCACCACGGCACCCCACCAAGAACCUCCACAGGAGCCCAUACGAACACCCCCGUUAACCACUGAAAUCACAGCGCUGAAUGCUCCCCGUACACCGUCACCACCUCCCCUCCAGAUCUCAUCACCAUUUCUAGGCACAAUAAUUUCCCCCGAGGAAGCCCUGGUACCUCCUCAAACUACCCUCAGCAGCUAUAAGUUUUGCAACCGGUCACCUCCUGCAGCUUCUCCACAUUCUCCUCACAGUCCCAGCCAACCACUGCCAACUGUUACUCAGAGUAAUAAUACCCAGGAUUCCUCCAGAUCGCCUCACAGAACUCUUCAGUCCGUCACAGCAGACGGUCAAACAGAGCUCUACAAAUCGCCUCCUACCUCACCGCACACGGUUACCCACAAUGCCUCUAAGUCCCCGUCAGUGUCUGCUACGCAUCCUGCCAAAGCUCCUCCCACUCCUCCAUUAAGCCCCUCCCAACCCGAUCCUUACCUGCUUACCUCAGUGACCUUUACGUCCAGUGUCUCCUCCCACCUGUACUCCCCCCUCUGCUCCUCCUCCCCCUCUUUCAUGCGCUCUCUCGACUCUUUGGGACCUCCCAUUAGCCUGCCUCCCAUGAUGCCAACGGCAACCCACCAACUGACCUCACCUCCUCCAGCUAUGACUCCGCCCCCUCCAGAGUUAACCCCACCCCCAGCCCAGCUGCUGGGCUCUGAUGAUGAGGAGCAGGAGGACCCGUCUGAUUACUGUAAAGGUGGAUACUACCCUGUGGAUAUUGGCGAUCUGUUUAACGGAAGGUACCACGUGGUCAGGAAACUAGGCUGGGGACACUUUUCCACCGUCUGGCUCUGCUGGGAUUUGCAGAAGAAGCGUUUUGUGGCGCUGAAAGUGGUGAAGAGCGCUCCUCAUUACACUGAGACGGCUCUGGACGAGAUCAAACUGCUGCGAUGUGUGAGAGACAGCGACCCCUCUGACCCCUACAGAGAAACCAUCGUCCAGCUCAUUGAUGACUUCAAGAUCUCUGGAGUCAAUGGAGUGCAUGUCUGUAUGGUUCUGGAAGUUUUGGGCCACCAGCUCUUAAAGUGGAUCAUCAAGUCAAACUACAUGGGACUUCCUCUGGCCUGUGUCAAGACCAUCAUCAAACAGGUGCUGCAGGGUCUGGAUUACCUCCACACCAAGUGUAAGAUCAUCCACACUGACAUCAAACCAGAGAACAUCCUACUGGAGGUUGAUGAGGUUUACGUCAGGAGAUUGGCAGCUGAAGCUACUAUCUGGCAGAGAGCUGGAGCCCCACCCCCUUCUGGAUCAUCAGUUAGCAUGGCUCCCAGGGAUCUAGAGAUUGGAAAACUGUCUAAAAACAAGAAGAAGAAGUUGAAAAGAAAAGCAAAGCGACAGCAGAAGUUGUUAGAGGAGAGACUGUUUGAUAUACAGAGGAUGGAGGAAGAGGAUGGUGUGCUGCAAGCUGAGGAUGCAGACAGUAUCGGCUCUCUGGUUGUCAAUGGCAACACUUCCUGCUCUAUAGCCAAUAGCAAAACCAGCCCAGAGUCCAACUGCUCUUGGUUUGAGGAUGGGUGUAACGGCCACGCCCCGGGACGGUUCUCAAGUCCCGCUUCUGGCCUAUCAGGGUUCUCCAGCUCAGUGAUGUCAGCAACGUCUGAAUCGGCACUUUCUACUCAGUCCGGAUACUCGAGUGGACGAGAAGCAUUCAGCGCCUCCGACUUUGUCCUGAGUCCUCUGGAUACCCAGAACGCAGACAAGAUCAGAGUGAAGAUCGCUGAUCUGGGAAAUGCAUGCUGGGUGCACAAACACUUCACAGAGGACAUUCAGACCAGACAGUACAGAGCUCUGGAGGUUCUGAUUGGAGCAGAGUACGGACCCCCGGCUGACAUCUGGAGCACUGCCUGCAUGGCGUUUGAGCUGGCAACAGGAGAUUACCUGUUCGAGCCCCAUUCAGGAGAAGACUACACCAGAGAUGAAGAUCACAUCGCUCACAUCAUCGAGCUGCUCGGGCCGAUUCCUUUGCCCUUCGCUUUUUCUGGCAGGUACUCCAGAGAGUACUUCAACAGGAGAGGUGAGCUGCGUCACAUCUCCAACCUGAAGCCGUGGGGUCUGUUCGAGGUUCUGCUGGAGAAGUACGAGUGGCCGCUGGACCAGGCGGCUCAGUUCAGUGACUUCCUGCUGACCAUGUUGGAGCUGCACCCUGAGCGGAGAGCGACGGCGGCGGAGUGCCUGCAGCACCCGUGGCUGCAGACAUAGACGUGCAGGCAGCCUCAGGGGCUGCACGCAGAAACAGUCGGCGGUCGGGGAGGGUUGGAAGCGUCUGUUGACUUCACAUAAUGUGGGAAAUUGUUAUCUUGAUCAUGUGUCUGCGCUGAUUCCUGAAGUAACUGGAUGAUUGAUUGGCUGAGGCUGGAUCCAAACUGAAUCGGAAUCCUCACGUCUCAUGUGUGAGUAUUUUAAUAUGUUCAGUAUAAUUUCUUAUAGAAAACUCCACAGUUCUUCCAAGUUUCUCUUUUUUCUACAUCGAACUUAAACCUGCGUCUCCUGCUUGUUGUGGGACUUCCUGUGUUUAAAUAAGAGUCAGGUGGACUGGGUCCAGACAGGUGAUGCAGCAGUAAACACAGCCUGUUUCUAAAGACCAGUUUAACCAACAUGCAGUCUUUAUUGAUGCCGAAAUGAGAAGCUGUACUCUUCCUCCUUUGAUCUUCCUGUGUUGAUUAAGUUUGACUGUGUGGAGGUGAGUUUUUUGCCCUCCCCGUGGUCAAACGUUAGCGAUCAGGGCCGUCCCGCUCCUAACUUUUAUCAGCCGCUUGCAGACGUUUUUAUCUCUUUAUGCACACCUCACAAAAGUCUGCAUUUUUGCAGGCUUUGCUUGAGGAUAUUAGCGUAGUGUUGUGACGUUAAAUAUAAUUUUAGUGUUAAAAAUAAGCAUGGGAAAAUGACGUUUAGUGUGUUGGUUUGCGGCAGAAGGAAAUGCAGAACUGAAUCAGAGCACAUCGACGUUCCUUAUAUUAAGAAUUUUAAAAAGUGUAAAUUUUAAUAUUUAUUAGUUAUGUUUCAUUCACUGUAAGCGAACGACACUGUUCGGUGAAAUGUCUCAGUGUCAAUGUCUCACUACCGUGUCGAGCACUCGCGAUGCCAGUGAAGUGUGUGAGGGCGUUUGAUGAGCGAGAGGUUUUUGUUUUGUGUGUUUGCUGCGUUGACACCUUUGUGUCGACUUUACUCCAGUUUGGAUCUGUUAUUAGUCACAAAAAUGACGGGAAAAUUAAAGCUGGGCUCACGUCCUAAUCCGCUUCAUCCUUGUCUGUCACUUUCAGUAAAGCAAGGAUAUCUCUGCUCUGAACCUUUUGCCAUUGCUGUUCUUCCUCCCGCAGUUUUCUGUAAGCAAUCCACUGCUUUCAGUCUUUCUUUUUUUUUUUUUUAAAUUAAAUAUAAAACUAUGCUGAAAUGCUAAAAUGAGCCUAGCCGGUGUUGACGAAGCCUUACGGUGGAAACAUUUGGAUUCAGCCUCAGCCUUCUCACCUCUGCUGACCUUUGGCUCGGUUGUUGAAUGAGCGAGUUUUAGGUUUCCUUCCUGCACUUUGUCUCUGUCCCGGUCACUCGGCUGCAUUUCUGAUUUCUGCUGAGUUCAUAUUUAACUGUCCCUUUGUCACUUCCUGCUGAACCUGUGAGAUGAUGAUUAUUGAUUACUGAUCAGAGACUUCUAGGACUCGUGAAUCUCCCUGAUGACUUUUGUUUAGAUGAGCACACUGUAGCUUCCCGACAACGGUUGACCCCCCCCCCCCCUCCCCCGACACUGACCACAGUAUUAUUGAUGAUGGUAUUGAUCUUUGUAGCUGAAGGUCGAACCCAAUUGUCCUCUGAUGACCUCUGACCUCCCCUGUUCACCCGCCCUCACCUCUUUCUAUGUUCAUAUGAUAAAUAGUGCCUUGAAAUAACCCCACCCCCUCCUCCCCAUCACAUUGAUAUAAUAAGGUUGUUUUUUUCUACAUGUCAGUGUGGAAUGUUUAUUCUGUGAAAAUAAAGAUGAACGAACACUCA